GGGCUGGUUUCCGCUUCCGGGUGGCUUUUUUCUGUGGCGCGCUCUUGAAGGUUAGUGGUCGCCAUGGAGCUGUUGGGCGAGUAUGUCGGGCACGAUGGGCAGCUGCAGCGGCUACGGGUGCCUUGUGACGCUCCGGGCGACGCCGACCCUUUCCAGGGCUUGUUGUCGGCCGUGGCCCAGAUGAGAGAGCUGGUAGCCGAACUCUUCGGCUCCCUCGUACAGCCGGAAGCGCAGGACCGGAUGGCGGCGGCUCCAGACGAGGCCUUGGACGGUGAUGACGAAGAUGAUGCAGAAGAUGAAAAUAACGUUGAUAACAGAACUAACUCAGAUGGACCAUCUGCAAAACGGCCAAAACCACAAUCUUAGCAGUAGCUUUUUCGAAAUUUAAAAGAUUGCUCCUAUAUCUUAUCACAGAGUGACAUUUAAGGAAGACUUGUGCUCUGAUUUCGAAAGCAUUUGUUUUGUUUCCCUGGGGCAGUUUUGUCAAAGAAAAAACUUUUCUGUUUCCAUCAAAGAAAGAUGUAAUAAAUGUUUAAAAAUGAAUCUCUUUUCUUGAGAAGUUUCAGACUACAUAAAUAAAAUAGACACUUAAUAGUGUUUGAAAUCUGCUAAGUUGGCAUCUGAAUUCUUAUUAUUUUCUACUUCUUAAAUAACCAUUGAAUUAAAUUGUGUGAUGUCUACAUCUUUUAGCUUCUGCUUCUGUUGUAAAAAGUAUAUGUCAUGGUUCAUGGACAGUAGCAUUUCAAAGAACUGACAUGAGCGAGUGGUGAAAAUUGGAUAUUAAAUUUAAGAAUGGCAGUUCUGUAUAAGGAGAAGGAAAACGGGAAUAUAAAUACUGAAGAGAAAGGAGAGCCCUUGAGAGAGACCCAGAGAAACCUUGAAUCACACUUACAUCCAAUAUACAGUCAUCUGGAGACAAUACCACUCAACAAAUAUAUAUUUAACUUGUAGUUAGGAGUCAAAUGGGGUGUGCUUUUAUGCUGGGACUGCUAUCUAGAUGAACACAACUAUAAGCCCUUAAGUAAGCAAUUUAUAUUGACUAUAUCUUAGAUAUUUCCUCUCAUCCUGUAGCCAGUCUUUGAUUUUGCAUGACAAAGGACCGUUAAAUCCUUUAAAUAUAUAUAUAUAUAUUCCUAAAAUGUAUGUGUGUAUAUUUCUUUUCUGCUUGUCAGUGGGACUAAGGCAUUUUUUAUUUACUGUAUAUGUUUCUUGAAUCAUUUAGAUAGAUGAACUGCAAAGAAAUCAAGUAGCAUGUACCUAUUGAAACAAAUAGUCAUAGAAUUUUAGAGGUGGAAGUAACCUUACAGAUUGUAUGAUUUAUUUCAGAAAUAAGUCGAGUCUUAUUUUGUUUGCCCCGAGUUACAGAGCUUACUGGCAGAGUUGGGUUAUACACAUAGCCUUUAAAAGAUUACUGUGUACUUUCCCAGUUACACAUUCUGAAAUCUAUAGCUUAUAAAGUUCAUGCUAUUAAGGAAACAGAAUUUACACACCUUUUCAUAUCUUUAAAGUGUUGUUUUACUUGGAACAUCAGACUUGUGCUAAGUUCUCUUAUGUAAUUAAUACAAACUAGAAAAAGUUUUAUAAAUGGUCAGAAAUCACCUUGUUUGUUUAGUUUGUGAUAAUGUCUCCAGUAUUAGGACUUCAGCUCAGUUACUGAUUUAUAAUAAUCUUUUAUUUUCAUACAGUCCUUAAAAAAACUUACCUGUAUAAUUAAAAUAGUUUAUAUUUUUAAAGUAAUAGCUGAACUUUGCUCCUGAACAUUUUGUUUCCUUCUUUGUUUAGCAAAUAUGUUUAUAAAGAAGAAAUGUCAAGAUAUUUAUGCUUGUGGUCCAGUGUUUGGAGGUCUGGGUUAUAGGUCUGAUUGAUCUUUUUCUUAAUUUUAAUAUUGAUUCUUAUUUUGGUACCGUCUUCAUAAGUGAGCCAGCCACAUGUGUGACAAAAAAGAUUUUGAAGGUUUGAAGGUCCAGUCUGAAGAACCAGCAGAAAAAUGCCUUGCCUGGUUUUCUAAUCUGCCUUCUAAAGGUAACAUUAGUCACAGGCAUUCAGGGCUCAGUUAAUCUCUGAAACAGCUACAACUUUACUUUUAUACAGGAAAGUCAACUCCACAGUCCUACCUAACAAUAAGCUUGACGCUGUACUUAGAUCGAUCUUUUAAAAUGUGAAACAUAUGGAUUUUUAUAUGUGAAAUAUAUGGACAUUUGCAAAUAAAUGUCUUUUCUAAAAGUAAGUGCUUUUGUGUCACAUUAAGGAAUACUUAUUUUAAUAGAGUUCUCUGGCCAAGGACAGGAACUUUUACUCUUUUAUAAGAGGUUGCUGUUCCUUGGAUGUAAUAUUAGUUAUGAAGUUUGAACAGUUUUAAAAGAAUCACUUGGGAAAAAAAUUUACUUUGAAACCAGGUAUGGGGGGAAAGUAUGGGAAGAAAUCAUUUUUUCCUUCCUGAAUUAGAGAGUGUUCGUACUGAGAGGAUUUAUGCUUCUGUAUCUGCUUGCCUUUCAGAUCCCAGGCCAGGUGACCUCCUUUGCUUGUCUACCUCUUCUCACCCUUUAGGUUUCAAUUUUAAACAUUUCCUCCAGCAGAACUUUCCUGGCCUCAAAGACAAUGUUAGGUCCCCAUGCUGUGUGUUUCUGUGGUACCUAGCCCCCAGUACUUCCCCGUCAUGUUAUGAAAUGUACUUUAUUAUAAUUAUUUCUUCAGCUACUCAAUUUUUAAAAAAACUUCCAUUGAGGAAGGCUUGUAUUUUUAAGGAAAUAAAGUUUGUUUUCUUCCAAAUGGGAAAAUUAGUCAGAGACAUCUGUGGCCCUCAGUUUAUUAUGUAGAACUUUUAUCUAGAUCCUAUUUAGCAUAUUAAAGAUAUACCUUUUUCUCAGUAGAAUUGUUCAAUCUGUACAAAUAUAAAGUAUCAUUUCUUAUAUAACAUACUGUAAUAAGAUUCAUACAUAAGACACUGAAAAUGUAGGCUUUUAAACUCAACUGUCAAUCACUGUGUUGUAAUAAAAUGAUUACAAGAAAUUCCUAUUUGAACUUACCCUCGUUAGUAGCUGAGCACCAGAGAGUUAAAAACUGUAUUACAGGUUUGGAAUGUAAAAUUAUUAUGGAAAUUGAGAAUAUUUGUAAAAUAACACUUUUGGUUUUAAUAAAUGAUAAACAAAUUUGUUAGUUUUUGUGAUGAA